UGACGGUGUGCAGUCGCCCAGCUAACACUGCCUCGCUUAACAGCAACGGCAUGUUGCAUCCAAGCAUGGCGCGUGCGCACCGCGCAUUGUCGGCUUCAGUGGCAGACAUAAAGCUGCUUGCAUCCAAGGCGAAGGAUGUCAAAUACUUCAAGAUUUAUCGAUGGGACCCCGAGUCCAAGGAAAAGCCGUACUUGUGCACAUACCCAGUGAACUUGAAUGAGUGUGGACCGAUGGUGUUGGACGCGUUGAUCAAGAUAAAGAACCAACAAGACCCGACGUUAUCGUUCCGCCGGUCGUGCCGCGAAGGGAUAUGCGGGUCGUGUGCGAUGAAUAUCAAUGGCAGCAACACGUUAGCGUGCAUUUGUCCGAUUGACAAGAAAAUGGACACGAUCAAGCUGUACCCGUUGCCACACAUGUACGUGAUUCGCGACUUGGUGCCCGACAUGAACAACUUUUACGCGCAAUACAAGUCGAUCCAGCCAUGGUUGCAUUCAGACGUGGUGAAGGCGGGCAAUGUCGAGUUUCUCCAGUCGAAGGAAGACCGUGACAAGCUGAACGGGUUGUACGAGUGCAUCUUGUGCGCAUGCUGCAGCACGUCAUGCCCGAGCUAUUGGUGGAGCCCAGAGCGUUAUCUUGGCCCCGCCGUCCUCCUUCAAGCAUUCCGAUGGAUCGAAGACUCACGUGACACCAUGAUGCUGGAACGUUUGGAGUACUUGAACGAUCCGUUCAAGUUGUAUCGUUGCCACACAAUCAUGAACUGCACGAGCGCGUGCCCCAAACACUUGAACCCUGCCAUGGCCAUCGCCAAAAUCAAGAAGAAGUUGGCGCUUGUGCAGUAGCUUUUGGAGCACGUCAUGCCAUUCGCAGCAGCGACGCUGCGAGUCGCCAUUGGUUUUCGAUGCUUUAUAUCGAAAAAUUGCAAAUUUUGAUUGCA